AUGGGACUCUCGGUCAUUCAAGAGCAGCACGACGUUAUCCUCAACGAGAUCCGCAGCAUCACCCACGGCGACUGGAAAUGUCUCAUCGUUGACGAGCACUCCAAGAAGAUCAUCGACAAUUGCAUCAAGGAAGAUGACAUCCUCAACAACAACAUUGCCACAAUCGAGCGCAUCGAGGAACGGCGCGAACCGAACCCCGAGAUGGAUGCCGUCUACAUCCUGACCCCCGAUGCCUACAUUGUCGACUGCCUCCUCGCCGACUUUGAGGUCCGACGGUACCGCAGGGCCUAUCUCGUCUGGACUAACCUGCUCGAGCCGGGCCUGCGACGGCGCAUUGACGACUUUCCCGCCGUGCGCCAGCUUCGAGCCAGCUCCAAGACGCUCUUCAGUGACUUUUACCCUCGCGAGUCGCAUCUCGUCAUCUUCCGUGACCCAUGGAGCUUCCCCAUGCUCUACCACCCUGCGUGCAACAACCUUGUCCCCAAGCACAUGCAAAGUCUGGCCCAAAAGAUUGCGGGAGUAUGCAUUACGUUGGGAGAAUACGCCAAAGUCCGAUUCUAUCAACCGCGCAACGCUAUCCACGAGGCGAGUGUCCUGUGUGGCCACCUGGCGCGCUUUGUGCAAGAGGAACUUGAUGGCUACGCACAAUAUAACAAAGAUUUCCCACCCCAAACGAACCGACCCCAAGGUGUCUUGCUUGUUACUGAUCGCUCCAUGGACUUGAUGGCUCCCUUAUUGCACGAGUUUUCCUACCAAGCCAUGGCGCACGAUCUGCUGCCUAUCAAGGAGGGCGACAAAGUCACAUACCAGACAGUCAUCAAUGCCAACACGCCACAGGCCGCAGAAAAGGACAUGGAACUCUCCGAAAAGGACAAAGUCUGGGUCGACAAUCGCCAUCGUCACAUGAAGGACACGAUUGAUAAGCUUAUGGGCGACUUUCAAAAGUUCCUGAAAGAAAACCCGCACUUUACCAACGAAGACGCCGAUACUACAAAUCUGAACACGAUCCGCGACAUGCUGGCUGGCCUACCACAGUUUCAAGAGGUCAAGGAAGCUUACUCACUGCACCUUACCAUGGCUCAAGAGUGUAUGAACAUUUUCCAGCACAAUAAGCUUGACCAACUUGCCACGGUGGAGCAAACCCUCGCCACAGGCAUCGACGAAGAUUUCCGCAAACCGAAAAAUUUAUUGGAAUCCGUUGUCAGACUACUCGAUGAAGAAGCGAUACGACCCAUGGACAGACUGCGUUUGAUUAUUAUGUAUAUUCUCUUCCGCGGAGGCGUCAUUAUGGAAGACGUCAAGAAGCUUCUGACCCAUGCUGGGCUUCCUGUCCAGGACGGCGAAAUCAUUAGCAACCUGGAGCUACUAGGCGGUUCAGUCAAUCACCAGCUCAAAGAGCAGCGACGACCCUACGCCGCCUUGUUCCCAAAAGAUCCAAAGGCAGCCCAGCCUAAGGAGGAGGCUUUCUUGGACCGUUUUGACCCCGCACUAAAACCUCUACUUGAGAAUCUCGUAAAAGGAACUUUAGAUCAGGGGUUGUUUCCGUAUGUGAAGCCGCCAUUAGACCCUAAUGAGGAAUUGCUGGCAGCGCAAGGUACUUCUCUCCGAGCAGGACGACCGAACUGGGCCGCUGCGGGACGUCGGCAACCGGAGAAUAAGCAGCGCGUCAUUGUGUUCAUGGCGGGCGGUGCGACAUAUAGCGAAAGCCGUGUUUGCUACGAUGUGGGCAAGCAAAACAGCCGCGACAUCAUCCUUGCAACAUCACACAUGCUGACGCCACAAUUCUUUAUUCGCCAAGUUGGCGAUCUGAGCCGCGACAAGCGCCAGCUCGACCUACCACUGGACAGGCCAAAGCCUCGCGGUGCACCAGCACACCUGCUCGACCGUCCAGCACCUCCUCGCGGCGCACAACCGCCCGGUCCUGUACCACCGCAACAGGGUCGUGGCGGCCGCGCACCACCACCACAGGGCGGGCUCCCGAGCCGGCCCGGACAGGGCAACGUUCCUGCCAAGGCACCUGUGCCGCCGACCCAGGCCAUGGGCAACAUGAGCCUGAACCACCCACCCGUGCCACCAAGCAACGGCGGAGGACUGCCCGAGGCGCCGCCCUCACUGCCACCCCCGGCAGACGGCAAGCUGCACAAGGAGAAGAAGCGGAGAAACUUUCUGGGCAUGAAAAAGUAG